AUGGGAGAGCUGACCACAGCAUUCAAGAGAGAUGGUCCCACACCACACCAUGGUUCUCGAGUAUUCGCUGUCAUCAUCAUGUUGAAAAACUACAAUCACCAAAUGGGAGGUUUUGCUUUGUCCAUGGUGGCCUGGCUACUUUGCUGCAUCUCCAUGAGGCUCCCUCAGUGGCAAGUAUGGCACUAUGAAGAUCCUAUGACUUUCAAGCCUACAGUAGCUUUUGUGGGCAUAUGGAAAGCCUGUGUUUUCCACAAUGGCAGCAACUCCAGCAACAUCAGAAUAUGUCAUCAAUACAACUACCGUGACUCCUUUGUUCCACUGUAUAUUCGAAUAAACCAGCACCUGUUGCUGGUGUCUAGCUUGCUUGGGCUCUUUGGGAAAAUCACCACCAUUAUUGCUCUUUGGACCAUGUGUAUGGGAAGAGUACGGUGGAAUGCCAUCUGCAAUCCAUUCAGCCUUUCAGGGAUUCUGAACAUCAUUGCUAGCAGCUUUCUUUACCUUACUAUUUUAUUAAAUUACGCAUCCACCAUUCGCAAGUGGGGGGUUGCCUUUCCACCAUCUUUCAAUAUGCCUUCCCACCCUGACACUCAGAAGAUUGGCAGUGCCAUGGCUCUGGCAAUUAUAGCUGCUGUUUUCUUUCUAUUCAGUGGCACAAUUUUCCUUUCUUCAAAUUUAGCCGUAGGCAAGACACCCCAUUCCAAAAUUUAA